GCCUGCCUUGGGGAGCCCGGGCGCUGUCCGGCGGGGCGGGGCGGCGCGGCCCGCCACCAUGGAGCCCCAGCGCCGGGAGCUGCUCGCCCAGUGUCAGCAGAGCCUGGCCCAGGCCAUGACGGAGGUGGAAGCCGUGCUCGGACUGCUCGAGGCCGCGGGAGCGCUGAGCCCUGGCGAGCGGCGGCAGCUGGACGAGGAGGCGGGAGGCGCCAAGGCGGAGCUGCUGCUCAAGCUGCUCCUGGCCAAGGAGCGGGACCACUUCCAGGACCUGCGCGCGGCGCUGGAGAAGACGCAGCCUCACCUGCUGCCCAUUCUCUACCUGAACGGCGUCGUCGGGCCGCCGCAGCCCGCCGAGGGCGCCGGCUCCACCUACAGUGUCCUGUCCAUCAUGCCCUCGGACUCAGAGAGCAGCAGCUCCCUCAGCAGUGUGGGCACCACUGGGAAGGCGCCGUCCCCGCCGCCCCUCCUCACCGACCGGCAGGCGAAUGAGAAGGUGGAGAACCUGUCCAUUCAGCUGCGGCUGAUGACCCGCGAGAGGAAUGAGCUGCGCAAACGCCUGGCCUUUGCGACCCACGGGACGACCUUUGAUAAGAGGCCCUACCACAGACUGAAUCCUGACUACGAGAGGCUGAAGAUCCAGUGUGUGCGGGCCAUGUCGGACCUGCAGAGUCUCCAGAACCAGCACACCAAUGCCUUGAAGAGGUGCGAGGAGGUGGCCAAGGAGACCGACUUCUACCACACACUCCACAGCCGGCUCCUGAGUGACCAGACUCAGCUGAAGGAUGAUGUGGACAUGCUGAGGCGGGAGAACGGGCAGCUGCUGCGGGAGCGGAACCUACUGCAGCAGUCCUGGGAAGACAUGAAGCGGCUCCAUGAGGAGGACCAGAAGGAGAUCGGAGACCUCCGGGCGCAGCAGCAGCAGGUACUGAAGCACAACGGGUCAUCAGAGAUCCUCAACAAGCUGUACGACACGGCCAUGGACAAGCUGGAGGGGGUCAAGAAGGACUACGAUGCCCUGCGGAAACGGUACAGCGAGAAGGUUGCCAUCCACAACUCAGACCUGAGCCGCCUGGAGCAGCUGGGCGAGGAGAACCAGCGCCUGCUGAAGCAGACGGAAAUGCUGACCCAGCAGAGGGACACGGCCAUCCAGCUGCAGCACCAGUGCGCCCUGUCCCUGAGGAGGUUCGAGGCCAUUCACCAUGAGCUGAACAAGGCCACGGCCCAGAACAAGGACCUGCAGUGGGAGAUGGAGCUGCUCCAGUCAGAGCUGACGGAGCUGAGGACCACGCAGGUCAAAACCGCGAAGGAGUCCGAGAAGUACAAGGAGGAGCGGGAUGCAGUGUACAGCGAGUAUAAGCUCAUCAUGAGCGAGCGUGACCAGGUCAUCUCUGAGCUGGAUAAGCUGCAGACCGAGGUGGAGCUGGCUGAGUCCAAGCUCAAGAGCAGCACAUCUGAGAAGAAGGCGGCCAGCGAGGAGAUGGAGGCGCUGCGGCAGAUCAAAGACACGGUGACAAUGGAUGCUGGGAGGGCCAACAAGGAGGUGGAGAUCCUUCGAAAGCAGUGCAAGGCUCUGUGCCAGGAGCUGAAGGAAGCCCUGCAGGAGGCCGAUGUGGCCAAGUGCCGCCGGGACUGGGCCUUCCAGGAGCGGGACAAGAUUGUGGCGGAGCGCGACAGCAUCCGGACACUGUGUGACAACCUGCGGCGGGAGCGGGACCGGGCAGUGAGUGAGCUGGCUGAGGCCCUGCGCAGCCUGGAUGACACUCGGAAACAGAAGAACGACGUCAGCCGGGAGCUUAAGGAGCUCAAGGAGCAGAUGGAAUCCCAGUUGGAGAAGGAGGCCCGGUUCCGGCAGCUGAUGGCCCACAGCUCCCACGACUCGGCCAUCGAUACAGAUUCCAUGGAGUGGGAAACAGAAGUCGUCGAGUUUGAAAGGGAGACGGAGGAGGUUGACUUGAAGGCACUUGGGUUUGACAUGGCAGAAGGUGUGAAUGAGCCUUGUUUCCCAGGGGACUGUGGCAUAUUUGUCACGAAAGUGGACAAAGGAAGCAUUGCUGAUGGCCGCUUAAGGGUCAACGACUGGCUACUGAGAAUCAACGAUGUGGACCUCAUCAACAAGGACAAGAAGCAGGCCAUCAAGGCCCUCCUCAAUGGAGAGGGGGCCAUCAACAUGGUCGUGCGGCGGAGGAAGUCCCUGGGUGGGAAGGUGGUCACACCCCUGCACAUAAACCUCAGUGGACAGAAAGACAGCGGCAUCAGUCUGGAGAGUGGAGUGUAUGCUGCUGCUGUGGUACCUGGAAGCCCUGCUGCCAAAGAAGGGUCCCUCGCCGUGGGAGACAGGAUUGUGGCGAUCAAUGGCAUCGCACUGGACAACAAGUCCCUGAAUGAAUGUGAAUCUCUGUUGCGCAGUUGCCAGGACUCCUUGACCCUCUCCCUCCUGAAGGUGUUCCCUCAGAGCUCCUCGUGGAGCGGCCAGAACAUCUUUGAAAACAUCAAGGACUCUGAUAAGAUGCUGAGUCUUCGGAGCCAUGGCCUGGAGGCCCAGGCUCAUCACAAGCGGAACUUGAUGCAGCACCACAGCUCCACGCAGACGGAGCUCUUCUGCGCUGGGCUGGAAGACAGGAAGGAGCCGGGGCCCCCCGGAGGCAGCACCUCUUUUCUACACAAACCAUUCCCUGGGGGCCCCUUUCCAGUCUCCCCCCAGACCUGUCCCAGCACCUCCGAGCGCAGCCUGAGCUCCUUCCACUCCGAUGCCUCUGGGGAACGUGGCUACGGGCUGGUGGACAUGCGGAGCAGGCGGCCCCUGCUGCCCUUUGAGACUGAGGUGGGCCCCUGUGGGGUAGUGGAGGCCCCUCUGGACAAGGUGGAUGCUGAGGGCUCCAACAGUGGUGGGACCUGGCCCAAGGCCGUGCUCGGCUCCACAGCAGGGCCGGAGAAGCUCUCCGUUUACAAGAAGCCAAAGCAAAGAAAGUCUAUCUUUGACCCAAACACUUUUAAACGUCCCCAGACGCCCCCCAAAAUAGACUAUUUGCUCCCAGGCCCUGGGCCUAUUCACUCCCCCCAGCCCUCCAAGAGGAUGGGGCCUCUGACACCCCCAAAGCCCCCCAGGAGAAGUGACUCCAUCAAGUUCCAGCACAGACUGGAAACCAGUUCUGAGUCAGAGGCCACACUGGUGGGCAGCUCUCCAUCUACCAGCCCACCAGGUGCCCCGCCCCCGGACGCUGACCUCGGAGAACCCAUGCAUGCAUCACCCCCUCGCAAGGCCAGGGUCCGCAUCGCCUCCAGCUACUACCCUGAAGGGGAUGGGGACUCCUCCUACCUGCCAGCCAAGAAGUCCUGUGAUGAGGACCUCACUUCCCAGAAGGCAGAUGAGCUGGGGCAGAAGCGCCGCCGGCCAAAGUCUGCGCCUAGUUUUCGGCCCAAGCUUGCUCCGGUAGUGAUUCCUGCUCAAUUCCUGGAGGAGCAGAAGUGCAUCCCAGCUAGUGGAGAGCUCUCCCCCGAGGUGCAGGAGUGGUCCCCUUACUCACCAGGGCAUUCCAGCCGGCAUGGGAACCCCCCGCUCUACCCCAACAGGCCAUCCGUGGGAACUGUUCCCCGGAGCAUGACCCCCAGCACUGCUGUGAGCUCCAUCCUGCGGAACCCCAUCUACACUGUGCGCAGCCACAGGGUUGGCCCCUGCAGCUCUCCACCUGUGCCCCGAGAUACUGGUCCCCAGGGCUUGCCUCCCAGUGUCCAGCACCAGGGCCGCCUGAGCCUGGACCUCAGCCACAGGGCCAGCAGUGACUAUGCUGAGAUGAGAGCCUCCCACGGGUCCAACUCGCUGCCUUCCAGCGCCCGCCUCGGGUCUUCCAGUAACUUGCAGUUCAAGGCAGAACGCAUUAAGAUCCCAUUAACGCCGAGGUACCCUCGGUCUGUCAUGGGCUCUGACAGAGGUUCGUUGUCACAUUCCGAAUGCAGCACCCCUCCUCAGUCGCCCCUCAACAUUGACACCCUGUCCACUUGUAGCCAGUCCCAGACCUCUGCCUCUACAUUGCCCAGGAUUGCUGUCAACCCUGCGUCCCUCGGGGAGCGGAGGAAGGACAGGCCUUACGUGGAGGAACCACGCCAUGUGAAGGUACAGAAGGGCUCAGAGCCUUUGGGCAUCUCCAUUGUGAGUGGAGAGAAGGGCGGCAUCUACGUCUCCAAAGUGACCACCGGCAGCAUUGCCCACCAGGCUGGCCUUGAGUAUGGGGACCAGUUACUUGAGUUCAAUGGCAUUAACCUGCGGAGUGCCACAGAGCAGCAGGCCCGGCUCAUCAUAGGGCAACAGUGUGACACCAUCACCAUCCUGGCCCAGUACAACCCACAUAUGCACCAGCUUGGCAGCCACUCCCACUCCAGCUCCCACCUGGACCCUGCCGGUGCCCACGCCACUCUCCAGGGCAGUGGUAGCACCACCCCAGAGCACCCCUCUGUCAUUGAUCCGCUCAUGGAGCAGGACGAGGGUCCUGGCACACCCCCAGCCAAGCAGAACACCCCUUGCUCCAGGAUCAUGGGAGAUGCCAACAAGAAGACCCCGGAACCACGCAUUGUCUUCAUCAAGAAGUCUCAACUGGACCUUGGGGUGCAUUUGUGUGGUGGAAACCUGCACGGGGUGUUUGUGGCCGAAGUGGAGGAUGACAGUCCUGCCAGGGGUCCCGAUGGCCUGGUGCCAGGGGAUCUGAUCCUCGAGUAUGGCAACCUGGAUGUGCGCAAUAAGACGGUGGAGGAGGUCUACGUGGAGAUGCUGAAGCCCAAAGACAGUGUCCGCCUGAAGGUGCAGUACCGCCCAGAGGAGUUCACCAGGAUCAAGGGCCUGCCUGGUGACAGCUUCUACAUCAGGGCCCUGUAUGACCGGCUGGCCGAGGUGGAGCAUGAGCUGAGCUUUAGGAAGGACGACAUUCUCUACGUGGACGACACCUUGCCCCAGGGCACGUUCGGGUCCUGGAUGGCGUGGCAGCUGGAUGAGAACGCCCAGAAGAUCCAGCGUGGGCAGAUUCCCAGCAAAUAUGUGAUGGACCAAGAAUUCUCCAGGAGGCUCAGCAUGUCCGAGGUCAAAGACGACAGUAGCGCCGCCAAGACGCUGUCAGCAGCCGCUCGCCGGUCCUUCUUUCGAAGGAAGCACAAGCACAAACGCAGUGGGUCCAAAGACGGGAAAGACCUCCUGGCCUUGGACACCUUCUCCAACGACUCCCUCCCGCUCUUUGAAGAUUCAGUGAGUCUGGCCUAUCAGCGGGUCCAGAAGGUGGACUGCACCUCCCUGAGGCCUGUCCUGAUUCUGGGGCCUCUGCUGGAUGUGGUGAAGGAAAUGCUGAUAAACGAGGCUCCUGGCAAGUUCUGCAGAUGCCCGCUGGAGGUGAUGAAGGCUUCCCAGCAGGCCAUUGAGCGGGGCGUUAAAGACUGCCUGUUUGUCGACUAUAAGCGGAGGAGCGGCCAUUUUGAUGUGACCACGGUGGCUUCAAUAAAGGAGAUCACAGAAAAGAACCGACACUGCCUCCUGGACGUCGCCCCCCACGCCAUCGAGCGCCUGCACCACAUGCAUAUCUACCCUAUCGUCAUCUUCAUCCACUACAAGAGUGCCAAGCACAUCAAGGAGCAGAGAGAUCCCAUCUACCUGAGGGACAAGGUGACACAGAGGCAUUCCAAAGAGCAGUUUGAGACAGCUCAGAAGAUUGAACAGGAGUACAGCAGGUACUUCACAGGGGUCGUCCAGGGAGGAGCCCUGUCGAGCAUUUGCACUCAGAUCUUGGCAACCGUCAAUCAAGAACAAAGUAAAGUCCUGUGGAUCCCCGCCUGCCCGCUCUAAGGGAAGUGGGCACCAGGCGGCGACUGGACCGGCCCGCUGGUGGGGAGAUCGGCUCGCUCUUCUCCAGCAGCUGAAAACAGAGAUGGGCCUGUUUAUGGACAUGCAGGGGAAGGAUCCAGAACCAGGACUCCAGAAGCCCCUCCUUUGUAGUGUAGACAGAGGGGGUUGGCGGCUCGGAUCUGGGCCCAGGCCGGCAGACUGCUCCUCUCACAUGUGCUUUAAGACAAAACAAAGCAGAAAACGCAAAAGACUUGAUAGAGGGGUACAACACCCACCUUCCUAUAGCCAGCCAAUCAGUGAUGCUGCACAGAGAGCCUUUCAGAUCACAAGUUUACAAGCCUUUUCUAAGUAUCUGGUGGUUAUGUUUACGUGGACGCCCCAUGCUGCUGGUGCCCACCCCACCCCUUCCGCCCCCUGUUGCUUUUGUUCCCCAAAUGACCCUGGAACCUCACUGGGUUGGGGGGUGGGGCGGGCUGCCCCGCCUCAGGAGGUUCUUGUCAGUGGGACCAGAGCUUCGGCAGACUUCCUGCUCCUCAGAGGCGGUACCUCUCCUGGAAGGACUUUGUCACUUCAGGUGCUCAGACUGCUGGAGAUGGCAGAACCAGUGCCUGGGUGGGGCCAACUCGCCGGCGCUGCAUUUUCCUCCCAUACCCGGGAGGGCAGCUUGGGCAUCCUCACAAACUCGCCUCUUGGCCUUUCCCUCCUGUUUCUUCACCCCCCAAGCGCUCAUCGGUCUCCUGACUCUUUUUCAGCUGUAUUUGUUAUUUAAACAUUCUGCCUGGUCCAUCAUGUCCCCGUCAGGUCUCAGCCGCAGGGCUGGGUCCUAGGCAGAGUGUCAAGCAAGGGUGGACGCGUGCCAUGGCACCCCUCGAGGUUCUGAGAGCCCCGAUGGCCUUUUUCAGCUUCGCGGAGCAGGGCAGGCGCAUCCGUUCUUUUGGAUGUGAAAACAUUCACGUUUCAGAUGUUUGAAUGAGAGCUUGUAGGGGGAGUUUAAUGGUUAGCGUAGCCACUAUUGAAUAUCUAAAAAGAAAACCUGUGACCUUGUUCAUCUUGGUCCCAGGGCUCACAGCAUGGGCCUGACUUUGGCCUUUGUUGGGUUACUUUGGGCUCAUUUGGGCUUCUCUCAUUUUCUUUCCUUUGCACUUCCCAUGCCGGGCGAGUCUGGCUGAAGAUUUGAUGUGGUUCCUCCUUAAACAGUGUGUCCUGUUAAUAGGUACUGUACCGGGCUCCGCAUAAGUGUCGUUGGGGUAGGACCUAUAUUUUAAUACUGUUCCUAACAUUUCAUUUUAAUAGCAAGGUGUCUUUGAUUUGAUUCUUUGUAAUUCUAGAAACUAGAUUGUAGUUUAGUCAUUACUGACAUUUUUUUUUUUUUAAAAAAGGGAUAUAUUUUCUUGCACAGCUGUUCAAAAGAGAAACAAGUCUCAGUCCUCAGUGCUGUCCUUUGUUUUCCAGGUACAAGUUUUCUAGCCCAGACAACUGAGAAAAAGUGUAGACCAUUCUCGAGGCAUUGCUUGCACGCUGUUUUUCUACGUUGCAGGCAGGUCGGGCUGUGAUGGGCGGUGUGCAGGCGGGUACGGAUCUGACAGCCUGGGAUGUUCUGUACUAAAAUGUUACUUUGUAUCAAAAAGUUUUAGUACAACAAAAUAAAGGUCAAUUUCAGUAA